UCUUUUCUCUAAUAUAUCUUGUGAAGUAUGGCAGGGAUGAGGGAAACCAGAUUAUAUAGAACAGAUGAUAAGUAACCCUGUCUAGACUGGAAACAAGCUUUUUGUCGGUAAAUAAAACAAACGAACACAAGUAGAUAUGUGCUUGUCAGCAUGCGACAUGUGACCUACUCCAGCCAGCACUAAACGUACUGUAUUUGACAGCUAGCGAGCUAGCCUGCGUUGAAGCAGGGCCUAAUUGCCGCUGACCCCUGUGGACUUGCCCUAACCACCCAGUCACCUGGUCUCUGCUGCAGUCCACCAUCACUGCUCAUUUAUUCUUACUAUGGCUGACCACGACACCAUCAGACUCCGGGUGUUCUCCCUCAACUGCUGGGGUAUCCGUUACCUCAGCAAGCACCGCCUGGAACGCUAUGCCAUGAUUGGAGAGCUGUUGAGCAGAGAGCAGCAUGAUAUUGUCUUGCUGCAAGAGGUCUGGAGUGAAAAUGACUUCCUUGGCUUGAAAAGGAAACUUUCCUCCAGCCAUCCCCACUCCCAUUACUUCAAAAGUGGAGUCAUAGGCAGCGGACUGGCCACGUUUUCCAGACAUAGAAUCCACGAUGCAUUUCUUUACCGCUAUUCAUUAAACGGUUACCCAUACAUGGCCCACCAUGGAGACUGGUUUGGCGGCAAGGCUGUGGGGGUGGUCAUAUUGAAGAUAGGCAGACUGACAGCACACGUCUAUGUCACACACCUGCAUGCGGAGUACUGCAGGGAUAAGGAUUCCUAUUUACCUCACAGAGUGGUGCAGGCCUGGGAAUUGCAGCAUUUCAUACGUCAUACCUCCAGUGGAGCAGACCUGGUAAUUUUGGGCGGAGAUCUGAACAUGCAUCCUCAGGACCUUGGGACCCGCUUGCUACGGACAUACACAGGCCUCCUUGACGGUUACACAGAGACUGCUAAGUUUGAUGGCUGUGAGGGCGGCAUAACUCUUAUAGCUGAUAACCCUUUCAUCAAUCCUAAAGAGCUCUGCCCCUUUGAGAACGGCGUCCGUAUAGACUACAUCCUGUAUAAGGGGUCGGGCAGGGUGUCUCUCCGCUGUGUGUCUCUGGCUACCACCAAGGGUUCUGUCCCUGGCCACCCCUUCCCUUACUCUGAUCAUGAGGCAUUAAGCGCUGAGCUGGAGCUUCACACUACCACACAGCAGGCUGGAGGGGACCAAACCAGAGAAGAGUUGGAUUGCGCUUCAGCUAAGCUGGCAGAGCUGGUGGACAUGGUGACGGAGGCCCGCACAGAGGUGAAGGUGGGUCUGCACUGCGCCGAGAGGAUGCGCUACACUGCGGCCCGCACCGGGGUGAUGGGGUUGGCCCUGCUGCUGUUGGAGCUGGCCAUCGGUGCCGUUCCCUGGCUGGCCCUGGGAGCCGACCAGCCCUUCCCCCGGACAUCCUUCUACCUGUUGGGGGCGCUAUGCUUUGCCAUCCUGCUCAUCGCAUUCCUGUUUUACGUCUUCUACACGAUGGAGCUGAAGUCUCUGCAGGGGGCCGAAGACCAGAUGAGGCUGGCUGUGGGUAGCCUCCAGGAGAGGCUGAAAGGAUUCCCUCAGACCCACCCUUUAAACUCUCUUUGUAGGCCACUGGAUGAGCAGGACACUUGUCCUCUGACGCCAGAGGAAUAGAGGCAGGAGAAUGCUUCUGGGAGCGGGGUGGGUUAUACGUCACUGUCAGGAACUCUUGAAGAGGUCCUUGGAAUCAACUCAAUUGUUUUAUGCACUAGAAGCAUGCAUCAUACUGUUUGCCCUUAUGACAACCAAAAGUAAAAUACCUUUCUUAGGCUUUGCUCACGUGCUUGUUGGUUUGCAACUUCUGUAAAUUCCAGUCGCUAUGGUAUGGAUUGCCCUUUCUGUAGCAGCUUUUUUUUCUUCUAGGAGUCCAUAUCUGAAGACGGCAUUGGCAUUGGGUUUCUCAGUUCUGAUUUGCAUUCCACCGCUCACGUUGUGGGUGGGACCAAUUACUUCAAAUGUUUCAUGAAUUCCUUUGGCUUGUAGCAGCUUAAGUGUCCAACUCAGGGUCGGACUGUAACCUCUGUUAGUGGAGCUGUGUUUUGUUGUGUGCUGUUAACAUUACAUCUAAUCCCCAGUUGCCCUAUGGCACCUUCCACUGUAGUGUAGUCAUGCCUCUAGAUCUGAAUGGUCUUGAAUGGUACAUGUGGUACAAAAUUACAGAAACACCUAACAAUAUGUUAAUUUCAAGGACUUAAUGAGUGGAACAGCUCCAGUCCAUGGAAUGUUGUCAUACAAGUCCUGAACUGUGUAUAGUAGGAUAUUUCACCAUUCUUCAUGAUGAAAAGCCUUGAGGUCAUUGAGGGAUGAAGGUUGUGGAAAUCUACUUUGCACACUGCACUCCAGAAAGAAGUUCAAACAUACAAAGAUGUUUGGGGGGCCAUGGAUGGCAUUUCAUGUUAUCAAGUUUUCUAAAUGUCUGCCCUGCCAUAAAUUUCAGCUUUGUGAAGCUCAUGAUGUACAGUUUUUGUUGAGACAGUUCUGUGGACAUUCUCAAGGCUGUACUUUUGGCGCAUUGAGCAACUAUUUGAAGUGUCUUUCUAACCCUAUUGGUCAGCUUUGACUGUUCCUCUUUGCCGAUGCAAUUUGUCCAUGUUUGGCAUCUGUUGUCAUGAUGUUUGAGACAGUUCCCCUUGAUACGUUUUAGUUUAGUUUUUUUUUAAACAAAUGCACCUGCAAUUCAGGCCCUGACUAUUUGGCCUUUUUGGAACUCUGGUAGUUGCCUCGUUGCUUUGAAAACUCAAAUAUCAAAGUGCUAAUUGUCAAACCUCUUUAGUAAAUGUGUCAGCUAUAAUGUUAAUUGGCCAUCAACCUAAUGUAACCUCUGCAAGAUGCGUUUGUAAUUAUAAGUAACAGUCCUUUUCCACGUGGUGUUUCUGUUAUUUUGUCCACUCCCUGUAGAUGCAUACUGUAAUAGAUUUUUUUUUUGAAUGGAUGGUUGAACUUACCAUAGCUCUGAGAGGACUGGAUAUGUGGAAGCUACAGUGGGUAUAGAAAAGAAUAACCCCCCUUUAAAAUAAUCACAUUGUUGCUUUGCAGCCUGAAA